UAAAGGAGUCUAGAAACUAGAUAAAGAAAUCAAUGGUUUAUAAUUUUCCCACAUGAAUUACUCUCCUUCGAUAUUUUUUCGGCGGAUUUAUUCGGCAGUCCGGUUUAAAAACUGCAAUGAUAAACGAUAAAUUAUUUGCAUUACCUCUGUAAUCAAAGCUCACCCCAAAAUUACGUCAAAUUUUUCCACUAGAAUAAGAGAUAAUGUGUACCCUAUAGUAUUCCGUAACGCGAGAUAAGGGCCUCCAAUAAAUGUAAGAAGACAGGCCGUCAGAUUACGAUAAGGGAAAGGUCAUAUUUGAGGAAGUGUAGACUCUUUAUUGCAAAGUCGAUUUAGUUGAUUUAAAACUUUCGUAUCGAGUGGAUGUGCUGUUAUUUCCUCCGGGAAAUGUAAACUGGAGUGUGGGUGGUUGAUAAACAACGAAUUUCAGUUGUACGCUGAUAGUAUUGGCAUAGUGCAGCGAAAGAUCAGGGGGUCAUCAUGAGAAUAUUGCAUUCAAUUUGUGUUCCACGAUUAAAUCGAUCGAUGGGAGGUGUUUAUAGUAAAAAUAGUGUUAAAUUAAGCAGCAGUCUGCGAGGAAAAACUAUAGCAAUUCGUCGUGAGGAUCAAUCAGUAUGGGAGCGUCGUGCCCCCCUGGCCCCCUCGAACGUGAGACGCUUGAUUCGCGCAGGUGUAAAAGUCAUUGUUCAGCCAAGCAAUCGUCGCGCUUACCCGGCCCAGGCAUACUUGAAGGCAGGAGCUUUUCUCCAGGAAGACAUCAGCGAGGCCUCGGUCAUCUUCGGGGUCAAGCAGAUCCCCAUUGACCAACUGAUACCCAACAAAACCUACUGCUGCUUUUCCCAUACAAUUAAAGCUCAGGAGAGCAAUAUGCCUCUACUUGAUGCUAUUUUGGAGAAAAAUAUACGAUUGCUGGAUUACGAGAAGUUGACUGAUAAUUCUGGACAGAGGGUCGUUGCGUUUGGGAAGUAUGCGGGUGUCGCGGGUAUGGUUAACAUUCUUCAUGGCCUUGGACUCAGGCUUUUAGCGCUUGGGCAUCAUACACCCUUCAUGCACAUUGGACCGGCUCACAACUAUCGAGAUUCUGCAAUGGCCCGACAAGCGAUUCGCGAUGCCGGAUAUGAGAUAGCACUGGGUGCAAUGCCAAAGUCAAUAGGUCCCUUAACAUUCGUCUUCACAGGGAGUGGUAACGUCAGUCAGGGGGGUCAGGAGGUUUUUCAGGAACUUCCCCAUGAGUAUGUGACCCCGGAGAGCCUCCGUAAAGUCGCGGAACACGGGGAUACAAAUAAAAUCUACAGUUGUGAAGUGAGAAGAAGACAUCACUUGGAACGAAAGGAGGGCGGUGGUUUCGACCCCGAGGAGUAUGAUAAGCAUCCCGAGAGAUACAUCUCCACCUUCAGCAAGAAGAUAGCACCAUAUGCCUCCGUCAUAAUUAACGGAAUUUAUUGGGCCGUUGAUUCUCCGAAAUUAUUGACUAUUCCCGAUGCAAAAUACUUGUUAAGACCUGCUCACACCCCAUGGUUACCGAUCAGCGUCGGGGCACCUGCGCUACCCCAUCGGAUGUUAGCUAUCUGCGAUAUCUCCGCUGAUCCCGGUGGGAGCAUUGAAUUCAUGAACGAAUGCACGACAAUCGAUACACCGUUUUGUCUCUACGACGCUGACAGAAACAAAGAUACGAAAUCGUUCAAAGGUCCCGGCGUGCUUGUUUGUUCAAUUGAUAACAUGCCCACUCAACUCCCUAAAGAAGCAACAGACUUCUUUGGCGAUCUUUUGUACCCCUACUCCCUAGACAUUAUAAGAUCAGAUGCUAAAAAACCGCUGGAGGAGCAUAAUUUUUCUCCAGCCGUUCACGGGGCUAUCAUCGCCUCCAACGGAAGCUUGACACCCAAUUUUGAGUAUAUUCAGGAGCUUAGACAGAUGAAUAACAAAUCCAGGCACAAGGCUGACGAUGGCCAGCCUGAAGCCAAGACGGUGAGUACGAUCGUCGUCUUCGGAGCCGGCUAUGUGUCAGCCCCUCUAGUGGAGUACCUCCACAGGGACGGGAGCAUAAAAAUAGUCGUGUGUUCACAUCUCAAGGAAGAGGCUGACACUCUGGCUAACAAAUAUCCCGGAGUUGAAUCGGUUUCUCUCAACGUAACUGAACGCCCUGAUACCCUACGAGACAUCGUCAAUUCCGCGGAUGUUGCCGUGUCGCUUCUUCCAUAUGGACUCCAUCAUGUCAUUGCAAAGACGUGUAUUGAUUGCCGAACCCAUCUAGUCACCGCGAGCUAUUUGAAUGAUGAUAUCAGAGCCCUACACGAGGAAGCUGAAAACGCCGGAGUGACAAUUUUGAACGAAGUGGGUCUAGACCCAGGUAUCGAUCAUCUCCUCGCGCUUGAGUGUUUCGAUGAUGUGAAGCAGGCGGGUGGAAAGAUCGAAUCCUUCAUCUCCUGGUGUGGAGGCCUUCCAGCCCCAGAGUGUUCCGACAAUCCUCUGAGAUACAAAUUCAGCUGGUCGCCCCGUGGAGUUUUACUCAACACUUUAUCGCGAGCUAAAUACUAUCACAAUGGCCAGGUAGUGGAGAUAGCUGGAGGAGAUGAUCUGAUGUCGACAGUUCAGAACUUAGAUUUCCUCCCAGGAUUCGCUCUCGAGGGCUUUCCAAAUCGCGACAGCACAAUUUAUAGAGAACUUUAUGGAAUUCCUAAUGCAUCGACUAUCAUGAGGGGAACAUUGAGAUUUAAGGGAUUUACUGAUACUGUUCAGGCACUGCAGUACCUGGGCCUUAUCGAUCCCAAUCCCCAUCCCAGUUUGCAUCCUAAUGGGCCUGAUAUAACCUGGAGAACGCUGAUAUGCAAUUUGCUCGGAUUACUGAAUGAUGAUAUAUUCUAUGAAAAUUUAAAACGAAAAUUGGAGGAGCGUUUGAACUCAGAGACGCGUGUCAAGGCCAUUGAGGAUCUAGGCCUGCUAAACGAGGACCUUAUCUUGAAAUUGAAUAGCCCACUGGAUACACUCACCCAUUACCUCUCCAAAAAGCUUAAUUACGAGAAUAAUGAACGGGAUUUGGUGGUUCUGCGGCAUGACGUUGGAAUUCUCUGGCCGAAUAAUAAAAAGGAGGAGAGAGGCAUCAAUCUUGUGAUUUAUGGUGACUCGAUGGGGCACUCUGCGAUGGCGAGAACUGUUGGUUAUCCUGCUGCACUUGCGGCGAAAAUGAUACUCGACGGUGAAAUUCAACAGAGAGGUGUUAUUCUCCCUUUCACACCAGAUAUCUACCGUCCAAUGCUGAGCCGACUGAGAUCCGAGGGAAUCGAAUCCUUCGAAACGUCCAAGUGGGAAUAAAUAGUAAAUCCAUCAAUCAUUUGUAAAUUGUAAAUAAAUUUUCAUUAUUUACGUUUAUCAUUAAAAAGAUGUUAUCAUUCCGCUCAA